ACUAUAUUCUUCAAAUCCCCUCGAACGCAAUCGGAUUCAGUCGUCCUUCUCACAGUCACUUGAUCAUAACAAAACCUCAAUUUCUGUCACAAUUUCUUCAAAACUCGGCCAAAAAUGGGGAUAUUUUCCAAUUCCUCGCCUUUCGACCAGUUUGUCGAGCGGGCAACCAGUGAGAAAAAUAUCAGUGAGGAUUGGGGGCAGAUAAUGGACAUAUGUGACCGGGUGAAGGAGAGCAGUUCAGGCCCCAGAGACUGCCUCAAGUCAAUAGCUCGGAGACUAAAUUCAGAAAAUCCACGCAUUGUCUUACAGGCCAUAACACUUCUUGAUGCAUGCAUCAACAAUUGUGGCCGUAAAUUUCUUCUAGAGGUUGCCAGUAGGGAAUUUGAACAGGAACUUAGAAAGCAUCUUACAAGUACACGAACACAUAUGAAAGUAUCAGAAAAGUUAAGAGAAUGUGUGAAGAAGUGGGCUGAGGGAGACUUCAAGGGUGACCCACAACUCAGCCUCAUUCCAGCCCUCUACAAUAACCUCAAACAGGACGGAUAUGACUUCAAUGUCCAGUCAGACUCUCCUAAGAAGAGUUUACAGAAGUACUCGAUGGACCCCAAUGUUGUCAACAGUAAGCAGGAAGAAGAUGACAUUGCAAGGGCCAUCCAGCUCUCCUUACAAGAGGGCGGCACUAGCUCUGCUUCCUCGUCCUCUGCUCGUUCAACCUCUACUAGUCUCUACUCAUCAGCUGCAGCUGCCCUCACAUCGAUAAUUCCUAGUGCCACCAGCAGUUCCUCACCAGGCAAGGAAGCCCAGAAAGCAAGAGCGCUGUAUGACUUUGAGGCUGCCGAGGAUAAUGAAUUGACUUUCAAAGCAGGAGAAAUAGUGUUGGUUCUGGACAACACUGACCCCAAUUGGUGGAAGGGGAGCAACCACAGAGGAGAAGGCCUCUUCCCAGCCAACUUUGUCACCCUUGACCUCAAUGCAGAGCAAGAGCAGCAUAGGACAGACAAACGGGUGUCCUUCUCUGAGUGUGUUGAGGUUACAGAAGUAGAAGGUGCUGGAAGCGAGGCGGCUGUGGACCAUGUGGAGGCAACUGGGGAAAUAGAUGAAGAAAAAAUUGACCAGCUGCUACACGUGUUACACGAGGCAGAUCCAACAGGAGAGCGGCCAGAUCCACCGGAACUUGCAUUCUUGGAAGAGCAAGUGAAUGCCAUGGCACCAACCAUAGAUGCAGAGCUAGAGCAGAUCGAUCGCAAACAUGCCCAGUUAGCGCGCAUCAGCACGGACUUGGUGGAUGCCCUAAGCCUUUAUCACUCGCUGAUGCGCGAGAUGCCACCAACUAUGGGUGGAUAUUAUCAAAUGCCCAAAAUGCCAGGAUAUGCCCCUUCCCCCACUCCUGGCAUGCCACCUCAACAGAUGUACGGUGCCCCUGGCCAGUUCGGGCCCAUCAUGGGUCCUCCUCCAGGUGUCCCAGGAGGCCCUGUGCCCUACCCAAACAUGCCUCCUACCACUGGACCCGGAGGCCCCAUGCCACCACAGAUGCCCCCACCUAUGCCUGGCCCUAACCACCCAGUGCCCAAUCAGCCACCUCCUCCAGGCCAGCCCAUGCCUGGGGUGCAACCCCCCAUGGGCCAGCCUGGCCCUCAGCCUACAGACUUCCAGCAGAUGCCCCCAACCAGUCAUGAGCCCUCAGGAGCAAGCUUGAUGCCCAGCUAUGGCCACUUCCCCCCCACAAGCCAGCUGGGCCCGGUUCCAGCCCAUCCCAAUGGCACCUCGGAGGGACCUGUAAACGGACCCCCAGCAGGCCCACCGACCGGACCCCCGAACGCCUUCCCAAUCUACUCCCAACCACAGACUGUACAGCAACCUCUCCUAUAAGAACACGCAAAACUUGUCGCCCUUUGUAAUUAUUGGUGUUUCCCUCAACAGAGAAUUUCCAUGGCUUCAGCAGGAAGGAAGCUUGGCAUAGAAUAUUGCCAUGGUUUCUUAUCUUUUUUUUUUUUAAUUUAUGAUCAGCAGAAAGGAAUAGAAGAAGAACUGUGUUCAGGUGGAUCAGUGACAAGUGGAAGUUGAAAAGAAGAAUUUUGUUCUAAGUAGAGUCAGAGUUGGCCAUCUGUAGGUUUCUACAUCCCAGGAAGUAGAUGUUCCUUGUACUAGCCAAUCCCAGUGUUGCAGCCUUUGUAUCCAAAGAAAUUUUUGCACCUUGCUUUGUUGGGAUCAGAAUGGCAGAUGAUUAUAACUAGGCAAAUGGUUACCUGUGUAAAUUCAGCUAACUUUCUGUGAAACUUUUUUAUCUGAACUGAGAAAUAAUUCAUAAGUAAUUAACUUCAUAUAUGCAUAUUAUAUCUCAUCCUGUCUUCUUGUAAGACUUCAUAUUAUUAGUUGACUUCAUUUCAUAAAGAAAAGGGAGUUUUGCACUCCAUAUUAUAGUUAUUUUUAUAGGAUAAGGUAAGAAAGGGAGUGGAUGGAAGAGGGAGGUGCCACUGCUCUCCACAAGUAAACUCUAUCAGAUCAGAACCUUUUAUCUUUGUAACUUCUCACGUAGAUGCUUACGGACUGUAAUUAGUGUAUGUAAAUUUGAAGUAUUGUAUUUUGUCUGUAGGAUCCUUUUAUGGCAGUUAUGGAUAUAUAUAUAUACACAUUAUUUUUUGUCACAUGUGGAGAUUGAAGCAUGUGACAUUGAGACACUUGUGGUGUACCUUAGGUUCAAAUUCACAUUUGUUUUUCCUAUAUUCAUAGUCACAAACAUGUGAUUGAGUGAGGGUACUUGCGCAUGUGCAUGUCCUUACAUAUAAGUACAUGAAUGUGUGUGUAUGUGUGUGUGUGUGUGUGUGUGUGUGUGUGUGUGUGUGUGUGUGUGUGUGUGUGUGUGUGUGUGUGUGUGUGUGUGUGUGUGUGUGUGUGUGUGUGUGUGCGCGUGUGCGUAGGUGCGCGCAUGCAUGUGCAUAAAAAGUAAAUUUAUGUGUGGAAGUUAUACAUUCAUAUACACAUACAUGU